AUGUUUAUGCUGUCCGAGAUUGAGGAUACAAUUCAUGUCGAGCCGAAACAGUUUGCGAUGCCAAGUGCCGAUGCUUUGGUAGACCAAAUCAAAGCCAAAUAUGCCAAUAGGAUUUUACAGGAUGUGGGCCUGUGCAUCUGUGUAAAUGAUAUUUUGGAUGCGAGCGAAGGCCGUGUGCGGUGGGGUGAUGGGUUUUUGUACUAUACAGUGCGCUUCCGUCUAGUAAUCUUUCGGCCAUUCACCAACGAGGUGCUUGUGGGGCGCAUCAGCUCGUCAAGCAGCGAGUCUAUACGAGUUACUAUGGGAUUUUUCGACGAUAUCUAUAUUCCGCCGCACUUGCUGCCAUACCCUGCAGCCUUCGACUACCAGGAACAAGCGUGGUUUUGGCUGCUCGACCCUGCAUCUGAAGCACACAAAGCAGAUCCGUUACUCUCGGCGCCAGACGAGCGCAUGUACUUGGACAUGGGCGACACAAUACGGUUCGCCAUCGAGUCGGAUAGCUUUGUGGACGUCGAGCCUGGCCCAGCGGCCGCGGAAGGGAAACCUACGGCGACACACAGCGCAGCAGGGGCGCAGAACAGGUUCCCGUAG